GAAAAUGGAGCUGAAGAGGAUGAGGAAGAGAAUCCUGAUGAUGUGGAUGAAGAAGAAGGUGGUGAUGAGGAUGAAGAGGGAGACGAGAAUGGGCAAGAGCAGGAUGGUCAUGCAGAAAAACGAUCUGCAGAGGAGGAAGAGGAUGAAGUGGAUCCAAAGAGACAGAAGACAGAAAACGGGUCUUCAGCUUGAGUCCUCCCCUCCCAUCCCAUUCUCUGUUCCGUCCAUCUCUCCUCCUCCAUUCCAGCCUUUGCUUGCUGUCAGCCUCUGGCUUCACACAAUCUCAGAUGAGGAAAGAUUAGAAAUGCUCUCAAACAGGGACGACAGCAGUUUCCUUCUCACCCGAAGACCUAGCCCAUCUGUGACAUUCCCCAGCUGAAAUUAUUGCAGUCUGCCACAUCCCUUCAAAUGUGCCCCACUCACAAAUGAUCCUCUUCCCUCAAGAAUCUCAGCAUUUCCUGUGGCCCGGUACAUAACCUUGCCAGGCUCGUGUGCCAGGCUUCUCGUGUGGCAAGCACCGCUCUCUCCCUUUUCACUUGCCCUCCCUUUUUUGUCACUAGUAUGGCUGAGAUUCUUGACAGCUUCUGCUCCCCAGACCUGCUGUCAGAUGUCCUCCCUGAGGCCAGGAGGCUGCAGGCACAGAUCUCAUGGUGCAUUUUCCAGUCCUAGGCCUCCUCUCAUCUGCUUUCCCACUGAACCCCGAGAGACAAAGAGAAAGAAUAUUACAAGCAAAUAAUGGUUCUAUUAAACCACAUGUGGAGACAGAAUUUAUUUUAAGCUUUUUUUUCCCAAGUUUACAUGACAGCAAGCUGGCCCUCGUGAAUUUUUCAGAAGAUAAGGGUUGUUUUUAUAUAUGAAUUUCAUCUGAACGUAUUUUUUUAAUUUGGAGGCUUUUUUAAAACAAGACAGAAACAAUUGGGGACCAAACUUUGAUUUUCAUUUUCUCCCUUCAGAUUUUCUUGUGACCAUUUUUUGUAAAUGAAAGGCGAUAUAGCCACAGCAUUUUCUAUGGCACAGACAUCACGAGGAUGAUAGAUAUAAAUAUAUAUAUUGUUUUCAACUAGCACUGUAAAUAAAAGCGUUUAAAAAUAUUUCAAACA